AUGAGUGGAGAUGGCGACUACAGCAAAUACGAUUUGGGUCGCCUGCAGGCCGAACUUGAGCAAGAAAGAGAACUUAAAGAAAUGCUGAAGGAGUCUGUGUCUGAUCUGCGGAGCACCAUGUGUGAACUACAAGAAAGACUGCACAGUGUUGAUGGGGAAGGAAAUGAGUGGAAGACAAGAUUUGAGACACAGAUAGAGCUCAAUGGACAGUUAGAAAGGCAGAUCUCACUCAUUCAUGAGAGACUGGAGGACCUACAAGGAAACCCCAUGGAUCGAUUGGCUUCUAUCCGAUCUUAUGAUGACAUGCCAGUAGAUACACUGAGACAGUGCUUGAAACUCCUGACCGAUGAGAAGUCUGACCUCCAGAGUCAUCUGAUGGACUGUCAUCUCAGGAUCGAACAAGAGGGAAAGGCAUUUCAUAAAACCAAUGAUGAGAGGCGGGCAUAUCUUUCAGAAAUUUCUAAGCUGUCCUCCACUCUUGAUGCCCAAAGAAGACAAUACUCCACUCAGCCACAGAGGAUGAUAGAGGGCAAACAGAGAGGGAAGCAGACCAGCAGGAAGUCGGAGGCUGAUUCUAAGACAAGAAAAGAGAUAGAAGAAGAUGGAGGAGGAGUGCGUGUGAAACGAGGAGGUGGUGGUUCUGGUGGAGGAGCAACGGCAGAGAGAAGAGAAGUUAAAAAAGCCCAACAAGGAAGCAGGUUGCCUACUCUAAAGCACUACCUGAAACACAAACCCUAA